AUGACCUACCCGGACGCACGAUCGGAUGAUGAGUGGAGGGCAGUGCUGAACAAAGAACAAUUCCGCAUCCUCCGCGAAAAAGGAACCGAAGCCCCUUUCACGGGCGAGUAUGACAAGCACAUGCCCGACCACGGCGUCUACACCUGCGCCGCUUGCAACGCCCCUCUCUACAAAGCAGACCACAAGUUCAAGUCCGGGUGCGGCUGGCCCGCGUACUUCGACAGCAUCCCGGGUGCCGUAACCCGGCACACCGACACCAGCUUCGGCAUGCAACGGACAGAGAUCGUCUGCUCGAAUUGUGGGGGGCACUUGGGACAUGUGUUCAAGGGAGAGGGCUAUCCGACGCCGACGGACGAGAGACACUGCGUGAAUAGUAUAAGUCUGAAGUUUCACGAUAACGAGGGUGAUGCACAAGCGGGAAAGGAAGGGGAUGGGGAGGCGAAAUAG